UUCUCAAAAUCCGCGCGUGUAUACAAAUUUGGGAAAAUGAUUCCAUGAGAAAAUUGUAUUGAAAAUUGAAAAAAUUUGUUUCUUCACUAAUACUUUUCUCAGUUUCAUCUUACUGAUUUAUCUAUAAAAUUUGCUCAUACUUGUGAAUCCUUGUCCGAGUUGUAAUCUCAGAUAAAAACGCACAUGUGGCUCAUGUAAAAAAGCACACAAUUGAGUGAAUUGAAUGAAGAUUAUCAUCAUAUUUUUCAUUAUCUUCGCUUUCAAGGACACACGUGAGUCCAUUAAUUUGGCUAUAAUUUUCGCAUCACCAACAAAUGAAGUUUAAUUAUCUGCCUUAAAUAUUUUUUUACAAAACAAAAUACUCUUGAGCAAAAGACUUAAGACACAGGUAGAAUUUAAGUACAGGGAGAGGUUAGAAAAUAAUCAAAAGUACUCACGUCAGAAUGAAAAUCCUGUGGUGGUUAUUAAAAGAAUUAAAUAACGAAACGUUAUGCAUGUUAUAUAUAAGAGUUUUUAAAAAAUUCGAUUUUUUUUAAAUUAACUUAUUAAGAACAAAUUAAAAUUGAUAAAACAUAUCCUGGUCUUUCCAGAUUUUUUUUUUAAUUUUUGUCUUCUAUUUUUAAAUUUUUGGUGGUUCACCAUAUUUGAUGUUCAAACCAAUGAAAAAAAAACGUGAUUUUUUAUCUAUGUGAACACGUGAAUGUAUUGAAAUUAGCACAGUACUUGGCAAAAUGCACCUGUUAUCUCCUGUAAUCACUUAUUUUUACUGAUUGCAAAUAUAUAAGAUUUUGCAAAACCAUGUUCACGCUUGUAUAUUAGAAACUAUUCCGACCUCCAGUUUGUCUAGACGUGGAAUUUUCGCAAAAGCAGAAAAAUGUGCAAUUGCGUGGGCGGAUGUUUGCUCUGCUGCUUCCGGUGGUACAUUUUCAUCUUCAACUUCAUCUUUGUGAUUUCUGGCCUGGCGAUGAUCGUGGGCGGCGUCCUUUUUUCAUUUCAACAGGAAACGUUGUCAUCGAGUGGAUGACAGAUCCGGUGGCAGGGGCGCUGAUCGCGACUGGCGUCGUCACCCUUCUCGUGUCCUUCCUCGCGUGCUGCGGCACCCUGAAGGGUUCGCCCUCCAUGAUGAAAGCGUAUGGCGUGGUGAUGCUCUUGUUGGUCGUUGUGCAGAUCUUCGGCGGCGUCUACAUCUUAGUCAUCCCGGGCAGCGUCGCCAUCAUCGGCGGUGGAAUCAUCGCCACCGCAGUCUUGCAGUUGAUUGCGGCGAUCAUGUCUUUUUGUCUGGCGAGUUCAUUCAAGAAGCGGCAAAUCGAAGACAUGGCGGCCACCAUCGCCAGGCAAGGGGUUGCCCACAAACCCUGAAGAUCUUUGCCAAGAAGUUAUAAAAAAAAAUGUAUUCUUCUCCCUCCUACACCUUACAGGACUAAAUAUAAUUUUAUAAUGCCUGAAAUGCGAAUAAUUAUCCAAUUUACUAUCAAGUCCCUUUCUUAUCACGCGUUUAGCUUCUUAAUCUUUUUGUUGUAAAAGAUGUCGAGGGGGAUCAGAUUGAAUAAAAAAGCAAUUAUUUUUCGAUCACCUUCACAUACCUUACAGGAAUAAAAUAACACAUACAAAUUAUUGGAAUCUGCACGUAAAGACCUAAUUAGGAUUGUUUUAACUGAGGAAUUUUGAUAUUUUCUCAAACCCUUUUUGAAACGUGGCAGUAGAGAUGCUGUGGCCAGCUAGGAACUAAAAUUGUGUGUUAUCGACAGAUUGUUGCAUGAAUUAUGUCUUAUGUCCGUACAGAAAUCGGCUACUCGCAGUCAACGAAAAGCAAUAAUAAGUUGACGAAGAAUCCUUAUGAGAUAUUUAGCGUGCGAGAUAAUUUAAAAAAAAUUGUAAACUCGUGCAAUUAAACAAAGUACAAGAAUAAAAAAUG